AUGACUUCCGAAGAAGCUAUCCUAAGAACUUUUUCAGAACACCAUUUCUCGGUUGCAAUUGAACAAAAUACAGAAGAGGGUUUCAGAAAUAUAAUAGACGAACCGUUUCCAGGAUUACAUUUGAUAUGCUUAAUCCACAAUUUUGUGAAAUAUCUGAUUGCUUUGGUCGAUUACUUUUUAAGAUGGGCCGAUGAUCUCAAAUUCAAAACCACGCGACCAAAUAUAUUGCAUGAACAUGGCGUUGUUCUUCAUGAUCUUGGCCUGGAACCCAUGCUUCACAGAUUUAGGGAAGAAUACAUAGAGCCUACAUAACUCGAGGUAAAUUUUUUCUCUUAAUCAGAAUGAAUUAGAAAAUUAUGACUGAGAUGAAGAACUAAUAUAAUGGUGUGGACUCACUUUGGCAAUUUGAAUUAUAUUUGUAGUUUCCUACGGUGAAUCUGGUGGAUCAACGCUGGACUCUCACUAUGCUUUUGUUGUUGAUUAUGGACUCACUAGGGAUGGAGAAGUUGGUUAGUUUCUCAAACAUAGGUCACUGCUUUGUCGAUUUGCCACUUCUUGUAGCAAGUAUUUUUGUUGAUCUACUUUAAUCAUUCUCUUUAAGGUAUGCAAUUAGUCCAAGUUCCGAACAAAUCAGCUCUGCAUGCUUUUGUUAAAAUAUAAUGAGCAAUAUUGUUGCAGACUUGCAUGUGGAUGACGCACAUAUAGGCUUGAAUAUUUGCUUGGGCUAUCAAUUUUCUGCGGACAACUGUUCUUCCGGGGUGUUCGAUGUGAUGAACAUUUAACUACUGGGUGUGAACUAGAGUUCGCGUCUUGGAAAGUGGAGGCGUUUCCAGAAUGAUUGUAGUGGCUGGUGUGGAGAAUGCAAACGCAAGAAGAAUGAAGAGGCCUCUGAGCAUGCAGAUGCUAAUCGUUCUUGUACUGCACAGUUGAUUUGGUGCAUUCCUCAUUGAGCUCUGUAUGUAGUGUUAUCAUCUUUAUCUGAAAGUAACUCUACAACUAGAAAAAGGCAUUUAAUAUGCCUGCCAUGAAAAAGUUCACUCUUUACACUUGCCAGCCUACUUGACAACUUGACUGAGUACUGACAAACUAUGGUUAGUUGGGUUUUAUGACUUUAUCAGUUCAAUAAUUCAAGAC